CACAACACAUUAUUGUCCAAAUACUGACACUUGAAUGUCUUUUUAAUGUCCGGUUCAGGACAUGUGAACAUUCUAAUGCUUUGGGUGAUGCAUAAGGGCUUCAUCAGCACAGGGGGAAUUAAAGGGGGUGUGGAAAGGUGAAGUGGGGGCUACAUGAAGGAGGUGUUAGAGGGGGCCGAAAGUGUGUCCCUUCUUCAAUUGGCUGCAGCCCUAAAUGUCUCAUUAUGCAGCUUAUUGUUCCUUUGUUGAGUCGGCAAUAUAAAUACAGCCCAGUGGGCCCGUGAGGUGACAGUUCAGAGACUCACUUCGAGUGACGGACUUAACAUCUGCCUUAACUGAUCACUCUCAGUGUGGCUGUUUGUGGAACUUCAAGACCUCCAUUUGUCACACAUAAAGUCAUCCUCCAUAUAUUUAUUUUUUUGGAGCAGAUUUUUGCAACUAAAGUCUAAAAAUGGAUUCCGAUGCUGGUUCCACAUGCAGCCGCUCUUCCUCUCCAGACCUGGUGGUGGACGACUCUCCUGGAAGCUUCUUCUCCAACAAGAUGUUCCAGAAAUACUGCCAUGAUGACACAACAGACAGCAGAGCGGGUCAAAGCAGAAUGGAGCACUGCAGCGGGGCUGGGAAGAACAAGAACAGGUCUGAGCUAAGCAAGGAAGAGGUGCAAGACCUGAGGCUGAAGGUCAACAGCCGGGAAAGGAAAAGGAUGCACGACUUGAACCAGGCCAUGGACGGCCUGCGGGAGGUUAUGCCAUACGCUCACGGACCUUCGGUCCGCAAGCUGUCGAAGAUCUCCACUUUGCUGUUGGCGCGCAACUACAUCCUCAUGCUGUCCAGCUCCUUGGAAGAAAUGAGGAAACUGGUCGGGGAUGUUUAUGGAGGCAGUGCAGCUGCCCAGAACCGCUCCACUCCCCACGCCACAAUUACCCCUGCAGCCACGUCUGCUCAACUCUCUCUGCACCCUCUGGCCCAGUCCCUGCAUCCACUGGUGGGCAGCACACCUGCUGCCCUGCAGCACCACUCACCUUCUGCCUCUUUAGCUGCAGCUCCACACUCCCCUCCAUCAGCCAGCUUUCUUGGGUUUCACGCUCCACUGCAGGGCCUUCUGAAGGAGCCGCUCCACCUGAGCAGCUCCUACAGGCACUUCCCUGGGAUGCCUUGUCCGUGCACACUCUGCCAGCCUCUGCCCACCACUACCUCCACAUUGCACAGCUUGUCUAUUAACAAGUGACCAGGACACCUCAAUAAACUGACACCAACUGUUUGGAUUAAAUGAACAAAAUGGACUUUGAACAAAAAACUGAUAUAAAGUGUAAAUGCUGUACAUACAAACUGCUGCUACUCGUUUUAUAUUAUUUUUUGAGUUAUGUUUGUAUAACAGUAUUUUAAAUGUCAUAAGGAUUUUUACCAAAGUAGUAAACUGUGUAACUUAUCUGAUAUAUGUGCCGAUAAAAAUGUGAAACAUGGGAACAAAUGGAUUGCAAUGUGCAGGAUUUCUAUUUUCCUAAAUUAAAGAUGAGUUUUUUA